AUGGAGGCUGUGCACUUGGUAGUGCACGGGGUGGGCCUGGUACUGGACGUGCUGACCUUGGUGUUGGACCUCAACUUCCUGCUGGUGUCCUCCCUUCUGGCUUCCCUGGCCUGGCUCCUGGCCUUCAUCUACAACCUGCCACACACCGUGCUGACCAGUCUUCUGCACUUGGGCCGUGGAGUUCUGUUUUCCCUGCUGGCCUUGAUCGAAGCCUUGGUCCGGUUCACCUUCGGCGGCUUGCAGGCCUUGUGUACCCUGCUCUACAGCUGCUGCUCUGGUCUGGAGAGCCUAAAGCUCCUUGGGCACCUGGCCUCCCAUGGGGCCCUGCGGAGUCGGGAGAUCCUGCACCGAGGAGUCCUCAAUGUGAUCGCCAGUGGCCAUGCUCUGCUGCGCCAGGCCUGUGACAUCUGUACUAUUGCCAUGAGCCUGGUGGCUUAUGUGAUCAACAGCCUAGUCAACAUCUGUCUCAUUGGCACCCAGAACCUCUUCUCCCUGGUGCUGGCCCUGUGGGAUGCAGUUAUGGGGCCUCUCUGGAGGCUGACGGAUGUGGUGGCAGCCUUCUUUGCCCACAUCUCUAGCAGCGCUGUGGCCAUGGCUAUUCUCCUCUGGACCCCCUGCCAACUAGUGCUGGAGCUGCUGGCCUCAACUGUCCGCCUGCUGGCCAGCUUUGUGUUUGUCAACCUCACUGGCCUGGUGCUGCUGACUUGUGUGCUGGCUGUGACUGUGACUGUGAUGCACCCAGACCUCAUCCUGCGGCUGGCUACCCGAGCUCUCAGUCAGCUCCAGGCCUGGCCAUCCUACCACCGGCUUCGAGAGGAUGUUGUGCGCCUGUCUCGCCUGGUGAUGGGCCUGGAGGACUGGCGCCGAGUCUGGAGCUGGAGCAUGCAGCUGGUGAGCUGGCCUAGCCGUGUAGGGGCCCCCGGAGGCCCCCAGGGUGGUCCUAGGAGGGUGCCCUUGGCCAGACCCUGGGGCCAGGAAAUGACACCUGAAGCCAGGCCUGCAUCAGGGCCAGAGGAAGAGGAGGUCAGAGUGCCAUCUACCCGAGGCCGGGAGAGGCUUAAUGAGGAAGAGGAGCCUGCAGCUGGACAGGACCCGUGGAAGUUGUUGAAGGAGCAGGAGGAGCGGAAGAAAUGCGUCAUCUGCCAGGACCAAAGCAAGACUGUAUUGCUUCUGCCCUGCCGCCAUCUCUGCCUAUGCCAGGCCUGUACAGAAAUCCUGAUGCGCCACCCUGUCUACCACCGCAACUGCCCGCUGUGCCGCAGAGGCAUCCUGCAGACCCUCAAUGUCUACCUCUGA